AAUUGAACUUGUUGCUUGCCAGCACUUCACGGUUUCUGUCGCUCCGUUCAGGACCAGGAUCAUCCCGAGGUGGGACCCUGCAACUCUGGAGCAUCAAGAGGAAGAGAAAGGCGCACCGGGGAGAUAAGUGCUGCUGCGCCGACUUGGAGUGGACAUAUUUGGGCACUUUUUACGCACCCAUGUUACGCACUGGGACUAACUGGAUUUAAGGACAUAUAUCGAUAUUUGUGUAUUUUAUGGAAUGAAACACAUGUCAACAUGAUACAACAUAUAAAGUAUAUCCUGUGGUUAUACUGUCUCUGUGAAGCUGCAACUGUGACAGCCUUCAACACGUUAUCGAUAAUCAAACCGGUCACUGGGUCGCUCUCGGGGAAGGUCAGUCUUCCCUGCUUCUUCUCCAUCAUCCCAACCUCAGCACCGGUGAUCAGUCCCAAUGGAACUGUCGUUUAUAGCAGAGAUUACUUGCGGAUCAAAUGGACCAAAAUAAAUGGAGAAAAUGAAUCCACAGUGCUGGUGGCGCAGAAUGGCGUCAUCAAAAUAGGCUCUAUCUACAGGAACCGUGUAUCAGUGCCCAGUCACCCUGAGGAUGUAGGUGACGCCUCGUUGACAAUGGUCAAGCUGCGUGCCAGCGAUGCCGGCACCUAUCGAUGUGAGGUCAUGUACGGCAUUGAGGACACCCAGGAUACAGUUAACCUCGAUGUGGAUGGUGUUGUGUUUCACUACCGGGCAAACACCAGCAGGUACACUUUGGACUACCAGAAGGCUGUCAAGGCUUGCCAAAACAUUGGCGCAACCAUUGCUACAUAUGACCAACUGAAAGCAGCCUAUGAGGAUGGCUUUGACCAAUGUGAUGCCGGCUGGAUUGCCGACCAGACAGUGAGAUACCCCAUUAGAAGGCCAAGGGAGGGCUGCUAUGGCAACCUAAAGACCGCACCUGGUGUUAGGUCAUAUGGGACCAAGAAACCCACGGACACCUAUGAUGUAUACUGUUACGUAGACAGACUGGAUGGUGAAGUGUUCUAUGCUCCUGUGACCCAUAAGAUGACUUUGGAGGAGGCCAGUGCAGAGUGUAAGAAGAGGAAUGCAGUCCUGGCAAGCCCCGGCCAGCUCCACGCUGCCUGGCGAAAAGGUCUGGACAGAUGCGACUAUGGCUGGCUCUCCGAUGGCAGUGUACGACACCCUGUUGCAAGAGCCAGGAUGCAAUGCGGGGGAGGUUUACUUGGCGUCAGGACCAUGUACCGCUACAGAAACCAGACUGGCUUUCCAGAACCGACGAGGAAACUUGGAGCUUAUUGUUUUAAAGGAAGGACACAGGUGAUCAACCAGACUUCCUUUGUGGAUAUGGCUAUGGUUGGAAUCACCACCACCACCAUCAGCUCCACCACCUCCAUCCCUUUACUGGAGAGUAGCACCACUAUGCUAACACCACCAUCUGAGACUGUAUUGGAGUCAGAAGAGUCAACAGAUGAUCCAUCCAUGUUUUCUACCAGUAUGACUCCACCUCGCCCCACACCGAAAGGCCAAGAAGAAGAGUUAAUCACCACAGUCGCGCCCACCAUCAAAGAGGAACAUGAAGACACUGAUGAUGUAACAGCUGCACCCGUCUUUGAUUUUGAUGACUUUAGUACUGUAACCUAUAUAGAAUCUAUUCCCCACCGUGGUGACACAUUCCCAGAACCCCAGCACACAACAGAGAGCACUGACUCCACAGAGUCAGUGGACAAACCCUUUGAGGAGCCAGACGAUCACUCAGUCAUUGAGAUCAGCACAAUCCAGCCUGAUGUCCCCAUACCAGACGCCUCUCUCAACACGGAGCCUAUGUUUGCAAAGGGGAACACUGAGGAAACCAUUCUAGGUUCUAUCAUCACCACAGUCACCGACCUCACAGACACCCCAACAGACUCAACUGAACUGACCAGCGAGGAAGUGGUCAGCCCCUCAGAAUCACCCUCAACCGCUGCCCCUUAUUCAACAGUAUCAAUCCUAGACUAUAAUGAGAUUGAGACAGGUUUUGCUCUAGCGGCACUGCCACCUACUCAGCCACCCCAACCAGACCUCUCAUCCAGCCCAUCAGACAGCACUAGUAUGGAUGAAACAUUUCCCUCAGCCAUUCCCACUGACACCACCUUUAUGUGUAACACCCGACCUGGCAGUGAGUUGGAGAUCACCACCACAGCACCGCCAGAAACUACCAGCGCUGCCACACAAACCUCACCUCAAACGCAAGAUGUAGAGACACCGGCUGUCGUCUACAAGGACGACUCCACAUCUGCAGAUGUGGCAGGCGCCACCAUCCCAAUUGACGUUGGAACCUCAGCCGAAGAUGUGACAUCGCAAACAAGUGUGGUUGUCUUUGAUGAGACCACCACUCAAGUACCAGUGCCAGCCCGUGACUUCUCGACAGAGGACGACACAGCAGCAGAGAUAGACACAGAGUUCUUCACAUCUGCUCCCGUGGCUUCAGCUGUGGGCGACACCACCAUCACUAUCACGCAGAAUGUAUCAGUUGACCUGACUCUACAGCCACAAGUCUCUGAGACUCCUGCCAUACCAGUUGUGCCUGACCAUCCCAGCCCUUCUAUAGCUGAUGGGGAGCCCAUCCUGCAGAGUGGAGACCCAGACCUUUCCUCCCAAGCUGCAGUAACCAUCACUCCAGCUGUUAGCUUUGUAAAUGGCAAACAUGAGAUCACACUGGAGCCACAGAGCCCAGACGAAAAAGAGGUCAAAGGUACCCAGAUUCUGACAAAUGUGACGGCUCUGGGAACGAGCGAUGAAAUAACCACAGUGUUUGAUUAUAGUUGGACUGAUGUCCCUGUUGAUAGCUACACUGAGUCUACAGAGUCUACAAAAGAAACAACAGCAGUACUGACCUCUACAGAGGUCCCAGAUGUUGAUGAGUAUGACCCUGAUAUAAUCCCACUAGUUGAAUCAACAUCUCCUCACAUACUCCUUGAGGAAGAUGGGCUGACCACAAAAGGCCCCACACAGAAAGACACAACCUCUGUACCAGCCUCAAGAGCGGAGGAAUCGAAAACCACACAAAAAACUGAAGCUGGCCCAGCUGCCACAGAUGCCACAGAGGGUAUAAGCGAUGUCAGAGCUACCUCUGCUGACUUUGUUCCUACAGUGACUCCAGCUGAGCCACAGAUCACCAAAGCAACGCGAGAAACCCAGACUACAAAAGCUGAUAAGGAAACCACCUCUGUCAUCACCACAUCUGAGCAAGAAGAGGUAGGCGAGUCAGGGAGGACUCCCACGUAUGCUAAAGGUGACUCAGAAGUGACUCAGACAGAAAGGGCUAUGGACCAAACCCCUGUUACUUCUUCAACCGAGCUUUACACAGCCAGAGAUACAGCUGAAACCACAGAGGACACAAAGAGCACAUCUGCCACUCCAGCUGCCGAAGACAGCACUCAGUCUACGUUACAGACUGUGUACACUCCCUCCUCUGAUGACGCUGAUGGGAAAACACCAACAUCAACAACGAGUGACUCACAGAGCUCCACUCAAGAUGUGGAGGGAGGGAAAGAGACCCGAACCCCAAAAGAAUUUGCCUUCAGCACAACGGCUCCUUCAGUAUCAAGUAGUUCAGCCUCUCCUGAACAGACAGCCAAGACUGAGAUAACACCAGCUAUAGAUGUAGGCAGCACUGAAUCAUCAGUAUCUCUAGCACCCACCCUGGCUGAAACUUCAGAGGAUACAGUCACAAGUCAGGAAGGGAGUACAGCCAGCAAAAUGCCGUCCGUCUCACCUACUGAGAAAGUUGCGACUGAUGCAAUGUCUACACCAGAGGAGGAAGGUUCAGGAGUUCAAACAGUAAACAUGUUUACAACUGGCCCAACAUCACAUACCUCUGCAGGGACUGCAACAUCAUCUUCAAGUUUAAGUGCUACAUGGGAGAGUGGAAUACCAUCACAAACAGUAGAAACAGCAAGCACAGAUAAAACACCCACCACUAUGGAUGAGGAGUGGAAACAAGGUGAGACAACAACUCCCCCCUCUGAUGAAUUCACUGCAACCACUGCCCCCCCCUUAUAUAGUGCUAUUGAAAUUAUCAAGACAACAAUGGCCUCAUUCACUGAAUAUUUCAGUCAGUACUCAACACAAAGUGCAUCACUAAUGACUGAAUUACCUGAGGAGACUGCCACUGGUGUCACAGAUGAAGACACACAAAAUCAAACUUACUCACCUGCUGCAAUCUCAAGCAUAACUGAACACACAAAACAGAUACAAACUCAAACAGUGACCUCAGUAAGUGGCAUUACGAAGACGGGUUCAUCACAUCCUAGCACUGUUGGUCAAAUUACAGAUGACCAAUCUUCUGGCACAGCACCAACAGAAGCGAGUACAGCAGCUACCAUGCUCAGCACAGAGAAAUCAGUUAUAGGAACAACAAAACAUGAAACAGCUUAUGGUUCAACCACAGCUGGCACGAUAGCUCCUUCUGCUUUCAGCACUGAGAUACCAACAUCAGUAUCACAAGAAAUGUCAGAAAUCACAACAACUGACAAGAUAUUAGUGGCGUCUGAGUUUAGCUCCAUUUUCACAACCACAGAUGAGGUGAGUUCUGACAGCCAGACAAAAUUACCUGAAACAUCAAAGAGUGGAAUUACAGAAACAACGGUAAAACUGUCAGAAUCCGAGAUCACAUUAAGUACUACAUCUGCUCCUACUGGUGCAACGAAGACAUUCUUAAUACCAACUUCUGCAUUUGAAGAAAGCUCAGGCAAACAGACAACUGAAAUAUCAAGUAAAGAAUUUUUAACAUCUGCAGCUUCCUCAAUCCCAGAUAUGUCUGCUCAGACAUCUUUUGCUCCAGAAACAUCUUCUUUAUCCAAGACUGAGACACAAAAAACAGUUAUGUCACCCGGGACCACAGAAAGUUUAGAAACAGAAUCGAUAAUCACAACUUCUACUGUUUCUUCAAUGUUGAGGACUGAUUCAACAUCAUUUCCAGCAUCACAUGAAACUGCAACAAGUGAUACUUCAAAAACAACUGUUACACCUCCUACAUUAAUCUACAUUACUGUGAAACCAAGCUCAGUGUCAACUAAAAUGAAAGAGACGGUACCCACAAGUCAGACUGACAAAGCAUCAGUAACACCAGAGGCAAGUUCAACUUUAGCAACAACACAGAGCUCAGGUGAGGAGACUGAGGUGUCCAGCAAAGAUGCAACAGCUCCUACAGCUUCCUCGUUGUUUAGCACUGAGAAGCCAACAGUACUGCCAGUUGAGGAAAAAGACAGUACUGUCACAGAUCAGACAGAGAGGUCCUCAGUGUCGUCCAUUACUGAUGAGACAGAGCAAAGUUCCAUUUUGACUCCAGUAGAUGACUUUGGCUCUGGUGACCAAACCCCUGACACUCCUACCUCUUCAGUCACAGGUACAUCCUCUCUCUUUAGUACUGAAGCACCAACAGCAAUGUCACGUGGAAUGACAGAAAGUCUUGAAACAGAUAAGACAAAAGUUCCAUCGAUAACAGGACAACCAUCAGUUUCUCCGAUUUCUGUUGAGACACUGACAAGCUCACCAACAGUGUCUCCAAGUUUGGCCUCCACUAUAUCUGUUGCCACGGACACUGAGGAUGAUGUUACCAAUAGUAGGUCUACAAUGGUGGAGUCCAUUCCUUCCAUCAGUGGAGCAACCUUGAGUCCUGAAACAGCAUCAUUCCUCAUGACCACAGGAGGAGAGGGUUCUGGAGAUGGCACUGAAGUGCUCGCUGAAGAGUCACUCAUCACAGCAACCACUGUCUCUUCAAUGCUGAGUACAGGGUCUCCAUCAGUGGCAGUAUCAGGUGAAACUGAAACAAGUGAUACUUCAAAAACAGCUGUUACUCCAGCUUCAUCACUUUACAGUACUGAGAAACCAAGCUCAGUGUCACCUGAAACAAAAGAGACAGUAACCACAAGUCAGACUGACAAAGCAUCAGUAACACCAGAGGCAAGUUCAACUUUAGCAACAACACACGAAGAGAUCUCAGGUGCGGAGACUGAGGUGUCCAGCAAAGAUGCAACAGCUCCUACAGCUUCCUCGUUGUUUAGCACUGAGAAGCCAACAGUACCGCCAGUUGAGGAAGAAGACAGUAUUGUCACAGAUCAAACAGAGAGGUCUAAGCAACGCUUUGUUGAACUAACAACCUUGGCAACAAUCACAUCAAGACCAUCAAUUACAUCCACAUUUGUUGAGGAGGACAGUUCAAGUUUUGGAGAUUUUACAACAGUCCCAACAAGUCCCUAUACACUUGAAACGUCUCAGCCCAUGGCAAUCCCCAGUGUCACUGUGUAUGCCUCAAAGGAAACCUCUACUUUCAUUGACAUUGAGAGCUCUGGUGGCUCAACUGAUGAGGAUGAUUUAGAAUCAGGUCAAGAAGGAUCUGCAGAGGUUUCCACUGAAACUACCACAAAACCCCAGGACGAAUAUACUGUGGCCACAGAUGAGACUGAAACAGAUGACACUGAGAGCACAACUGACAUGUUAAGUGCUGCAUCCUCAACUCACUCAAGUACACAGCUCAAAACAGAAUUUAUAUCAUCAACUCAAUCACCACACAUGACAAGCACUGACAGUUACAUUACUGAGCAGGGCAGUGGGGUCUUCACAGACGACUCUACAGUAGAGGAUGAGAGUUCAGGUGUUGACCUUUUUGACCAAUCAACUAUAUUUUUACCAGUCACAAGUUCUCCCGUGAUGUCCACUGCUGUCAUUGAGAGGAGUUCAAGUGACAAGGGAGUUACACAAACACCUACUGGCACCACAGCUUCUUCUCUUCAUAGCACUGAGAAGCCAACAGCAAUGUCUCCUGAAAUGCACACUUCAACAGUUCAGGGAAGCCCAGCUUAUACGUUCUCUCAGUCGUCCUCUAUUUCACCCGCAACUGUUUAUAACACAGAGUCUCCCGCUUUCACAUUGGAUACAUCUUCAGCUUUCUUGGAUAUUGAGGAUAAAGAGAGUACAGCCUUUUCCCUGUUGAGCACAGAGAUACCUAAAACAACAACAGCAUCACAUGAAACUGGACCAUCUGAUAUUCCAAAAUCAACACCAAGUUCAGCCUUUACUUUGACCGAGAGAGAGAGUUCUGGUAACCAAACCACUGAGAUGCUCAGCUCAAAGCCAUCAGUGAUGGAUAGCGUCACGUUUGGAGAAGCAACAGGUGAAACGGAAACCUUUGUUUCAGUCACACCAACCUCUGAUGAGCAAGUUUCCUCACAAGAGGGUGAAAUUACUCCAGGUACAGAAAGCCCCAUCACUUCUGAAGCAACAGAACCUUCUGUUUCGAUUAUAGGGAAAGAUGAAGUUACUGUAUCUGAGCACAUAAGUCAGUCCUCCUACACAACUAUGUCCCCCUAUACAGUUGGAACUUCAGUUAGUGAGCACCCCACAGUCACCACAGUAAGCUCUAGCAGUGAAGAGAAGCAAGAUGCAUUUGUAUCAAUGUCCACCCCUAUUCCCUCCAUUAUAUAUCAUAGCAUUACAGACCAACAGGUCAUGAUCAUUACUCCCAGUAGCAGCCAAGCCAAGACUGACCUAACUGAACAAACACCUACCAUGGUCCUGCAUGUGUCUAAACCAUCAACCACCACAAAUAUCAUAUUCACAGAGGAUGCAAAAGAUGAAGAUGGGCUGUUCUCUGCAGUUACAGAAAGUAUUGCUAAAGACAGCUCCACUCCUGAGCUUGUCACCAAAGAUGAUAAUAUCAUUGAUGCAGAUACUAUCUCCAUAGUUCCCUCUUCUUCAUUUUACCCAACCAUCCAGACUGAGGAAGCUGGAGGUGUCACACCAGUAACAAUAACACAAGCAUUGGAGGUAACAGAAGAAUCAGAGGGUUCAGGGGCUGACAAUGCCUCCCUCUUUACUCCCAUACCAGUAACUUUACAUGCAACCUCAGCCACUGAUUCAUCAAUAGCCUCAACAUCUUCUGAACAUUUACCGUCCAGUUCAAAACCAUCAACUGUCGAAGGUGCGUCUACUAUGGAGACAUCCAGUGAAGAGAUGGUCACAUUCGCACCACAGGCCACCCCAGCUACUACUCUGUCCACAAAGUCAAGCUCUGAAGAAACAUAUGAUUUAACCACACCACAUACAGUUUUCACUGUUGAGACUCAAACCAAACCAGUUCCAGAGAUGGUGGGGGUUGAUUUAUUAGGCGAGGUCACUCCUGAUAAUGUCACUGAGUCUGUCACUGAGAUUGACGCUUCCUCAACUUUGCCUUCUGAAACUUUAUAUGACACAACAGACACAAGCUCAGCCACUCCUGUGUCCAGUGAGGAGUACAUGGUCAACACAGCUGACAAAGAAAAAUCCAUUGCCUCCUCACCCACAGCCAUUACAACCAUAAGUCAAGUCACAACAGAAACCUUAAGUUCCACCAUUUCCACUGCUGUACCUUCAGCUGCUGUCACAGCACACACACCGGUGUCCACUGGAAUUGGGACAGUAAAAUCAACCAGUGAAGCAUCUGAUGAUGAAUAUUCAGGUGAUGAUGACUCUGAAGAAGGCUCUGCAGAGACAACUUCGGGGUCCUCAAUGGAUGGUUGGACAGCAUCUGAAAAACCAGUGAAACCUACAACUUCUUCACUGUUCAGCACUGAGAAACCAACUGUUGCCCCUGAUAGAGGUGACCAAAACCAAAGUAUGUUUACUGAGGACAUAAUUACAUCCGAUAAGGCAGAGCACAUCACACCUACCUCACCUGGAACUGCCACAGGAGAGUUUGCAAAGUCAACAACAAGUGCUUCCUCUUCUCUCUAUAGCACAGUGAAACCGUCUGAUACAGAAGGGACAGACAUCACUGAUACAGACACAUCAAGUGAUCAAACCUCUGGUAUAAUAACAACUCCAACAGUGAAGGCUGAACCAGUAACACUUUCACUUACCUCUCCUGAAUCUGCCACUGGGGAGACUAAAGUUACAGUAUCAAGUGCUGUUUCCAGUCUUUAUAGCACAGAGAAGCCAACUGUCACAUCAUCUCUGGAUGUUACUGGGAAGGAUGGAUCGUAUGAUCACACUCAUGUGACAGAACCUGUGACACAGAGAGCUGGUCCUCUGCAUAGCACAAUGAAAACAGACCAAAUGCUAUCCACAACAACGUUAUCUACUCCCUACAGCACUCAUACAUUUUCAGUGGAAAGCAACACAGAUGUUGCAGGUGAGGGGGGCUCUGGUGAUGGGACCUCAGACACUUCAACUGCAUCAUCCAAGACAGUCACAUCUGAGAGUGAAAAAACUGUAGCCACCCCAAUAUCUCCUCAGGUCAGUACAGAGAAACCCAUUAAAAUGACCCCUGAGGAUGAAACUCAAACAAGUGAGAUGAGCACAGAGGUAGAGAAAGCAUCAUUGUCAGAAACGGUCUCAACCCCUACUGAUGGUGCAACAUCAACUCCAGCACAUGAAGAGAGCACAAAGGACCACAUAACUUCUAUAUCUCCAAAAGAAUCAAUUUCUACAUUGGCAGUAUCUUCUCUACAAAGCACUUCAAAGCCUGGUGUGAUAGUUCAGUUUGUCACCACUUUUGUACCAGAACUAGAUACAACACCAUCUGAGGUGUCCUUCCAACAGGCCAGGUCUGAGAUCACAUUCACUCAUCAUCCCCACGUUGACAUCUCCUCCGAAGAAACUGUGUUGGCCACAACCAGCCCAAUGUUGCCAAGUGAGGAGUCAAGCCAGCGCUUGCAACCUAGUGAUGUAACUCCCCAGACUGUUGCAACAACCACAUCACUGGAAGAUAAGACAGCUGAGGAACCAAGCCAAGCACCUGUAACCAAAGAAGUUUCAACUAAUACUGAAGGUAGCACACAAGAUAGUGAAAUCCAGAAAACAUCUACUGAUUCUGUAUUAACUUCCCAUCCUACAGAUGAAACAGUAGAUUCUAAAGGGACAGAACCUGCUGGAGUUGAGUACACAACUCCAAAACUUGCAACUGACAGAUCUGCAAAACCUGAAGAAGAAACUGCAGCUGUUGAGACUGCAUCUUCUGCAGACUCAAGCUCAGUGGAUACAUCUGCAGAGAGUUCAAGUGAACAAACUCUAGAGGCAACUGUGUCUUCACUGUUCAGUGCUACGACUCCACUGGUGGCUUCCAUUUCAGAUGUUACCAAUGGCGUGGUGUCUGAAGAGUCAUCAACGUCACCCACCAAAAUGGUGACAGGAGAGAGCGAACAGACUGCCACACCCCCUACUGCUGCUGAGAAAUCAACUGCAGUGUUACUUGAGACAGACACUUCAACAGAUCAAGACGGUUCAAGUUAUGAAAAGACAUCAUCAGAGAGUGAGGAGAUCCCUGUAUCAACAGCAACAAGUAUAAUCAUUGUAACAGAAGAAGAUGGUUCAGGUGACAAUACAUCUAGAAUCUCUGAUUCUGACUCUGUCACUGCAGUCGUUUCAUCCCUGCCCACUACUAAGUUGGAUACUAUCAGCAGCACUUUAUCUUCUGAGCUGGCAAACACCCAAACAAUUAAACCUGAAUCAUCUACACAUGAACAAAUCUCAGAUCAUAAAUCACCUGAUGUCUUCACUGAAGCUCAUGCAACACAAUCCCCCUCCAGCACCACAGAGUCACCAAAGACACCAACUUUUCUAGAAUCAGGAUCAACAGAUUCUGAAAGCGGGGAGACACAAGAUGCAGACCUAACAAGCACACAUCAACCCACUGGUGCUACAAGUGCUGUAGAAAUCUCUCCAAGCUCGGAGACUAAAGUAGUGGUCACCACAAUGCCAGCUGAACACAUUUCCCUUGAACCUACUUCAAAUGUCCUGUCAGCAUCAGUACCAUCACAGCCUGAUGUUAUGGUCCAAUAUGUCACAACAGUUUCACCUAUACAACAUCUAAUAACUCCCCAGGAGUCAUUUGAACAUGCCAGAUCAGAGGUUGCACUAACACACCGCCCUCACGCUAAUCUUUCUUCUCAGGAUAUAUCACUGACAACAACUCGCCCUAUGCUUACAAGUCAUGAAGCAAGCCAGAUUAGAGAAUCAACGACUGUUGGCUCUUCUUCAGUGGCUGAAGCUGUAUCUGCUUCAGUGGAAGAUGGGACACUUGAACCCGCUGUUGAUCAGGUUUCAAGUGGUUCAAGAACUGAACCAUCUCCAGAUACGGAUGUACAAGUCACGCCUUUUACGAAGAAUAUAUACAGUGAUAAUUUGGAUUAUCCAGCCCCAGAUUAUGAUGACAAAAACCCCAGUUUAGUUGAAUCCAAUCCACUAAACCCCAAACUUGAAACACCAAAAGAAGCAGUGUUUAUUACUACAACACCUGUUGUUUCUCAAACAUCUGAGAGACAGCCUGUUUACUCAGUGAGCAGCACUGAAGGUAGCUCAGAAGAAAAGGCAACCAAACCACCUGCACUAUCAGCAGCAGCUAUCACUGUCUUGCCUUCUGCUGCAGCUCCAGUCGUUGCACCAUCCUCCUCUAGUUCAGAGAGUGGUUCAGAGAGUAGUUCAGAAAGCAGCAGCAGCUCAGAAGAAGGCAUGUCCACAGAAAGCUCUGAGAGUAUGUCUGAUGAGGUGACUACGACAAAGAAACCAAAGAGCUGUUUGGAGGAACAGUCACUGUCCCCAGAUGAAAUUCAGACUGUAUUUAAGGUAGAUGCUACAACAGCUUCAAAGAUGGAGUCUGCUAGUGUUGAUAGCACCUCUGGGAAAGAGGAAGUUGUGGGCAAAAUUGAGGAAGACAUCUCUCCUCACACUGAAUUACCCAGCAGGACUCACACAGAGUUCACAACAACACCAGCUCAAGCGCAAAGCCUGCCAGUUUUUGUUACAUCUGUAGCCACCACUCCAUCAUCUUUUUCUGAAGAGGAUGGCAAACCAGACAGUGACAUGCCACUCAAUAAUGGAGAGACACCACAAAGAGAGGAGGAAACAACUGCAAAAGCUGACACAGGACUUGAUUUGGGGCACACUGUCGUUGGCGAGACUGUUGAAAUUUUAGGAAUUUACUCGUGCACAGAAAAUAUCUGUCAGAAUGGAGGAUCUUGCUACAGGACUGGAAGCAUCUACGCAUGUACCUGUGCUCCUGGUUACAGUGGUCAUCGCUGUGAAUUAGACACUGAUGAGUGCCAGUCAAACCCCUGUCGCAAUGGAGGUACAUGUGUUGAUGGGCUGGCUUCCUUCACAUGUGUGUGCCUCCCAAGCUACUCUGGGCUGUAUUGUGAGGAGGAUACAGAAACAUGUGACUAUGGCUGGCACAAGUUUCAGGGCCACUGCUACAAGUACUUCCCCCACAGAAGAAACUGGGACAAUGCAGAGAGAGAGUGUCGCAUGCACGGGGCUCAUCUUUCCAGCAUCAUCUCCCACGAGGAGCAACAGUUUGUCAACCGUCUUGGACAGGACUACCAGUGGAUUGGCUUGAAUGAUAAGAUGUUUGACAGUGACUUCCGCUGGACUGACGGCAGCCCUGUGCAAUAUGAAAACUGGAGGCCCAACCAACCUGACAGCUUCUUCACUUCCGGUGAGGAUUGUGUCGUGAUGAUAUGGCAUGAGGACGGCCAGUGGAAUGAUGUUCCUUGCAACUACCACCUCACCUACACGUGUAAAAAAGGCACAGUGGCCUGUAACCAGCCCCCUCUGGUGGAGAAUGCCCGUACUUUUGGCAAGAAACGUGAGAGGUAUGAGAUCAACUCGCUGGUGAGGUACCAGUGCCGGACCGGCUUUAUUCAAAGGCACCUCCCAACUAUCCGUUGUCGUGGGGAUGGACAUUGGGAUAGCCCUAAAAUCACCUGCAUGAACCCAUCGAGCUACCAGAGGACCUUCUUCAGAAGACAUCAACACAACAGUCUCUACAGUAUUCACAACUUCAAGACAAGGCCAGAUGAGGCCUUGCGCUUUCACCAUCCGCUCUACCGGGGAAAAAGAGACAGGACUGAUCAUAAGCGGCAGAGAUAGUAAAAUGCCAUGUGACAUGGCACAGCUUCCCUGAGAUGAGAACACAUGGCUGAUGCUUGUGUGGAAAGAGGAGAAGGAUUCCCCAAGGAAAGCACGAGAGACAACUCAUCAAAGAAACCAAGAGGAUAACCUGCAGUUUUCUUGCAUUUUGGAUGAUGAUGAUGGAAUUUUAUGAAGUGCCUUUUAAAAAUAUGUUGAGACAUGACUUUCCUUAUCAAGGGGCACUGUUUUAUAACAAUGCCAACGCGGAUACAAAAAACUUUCAGCUGGCUACUGGAAAAGCAAAAAGUACACUCUUUGUUCUUUUAACUGCGGGAGUUUGUUCUGUGUCCUUAGCUUAUCAAAUAAUACACUCAUGACUGUUGUCUAAUACCUUUAUACACCAACUGUGCUAUUUAAAAUCACCGUAAGUGUUCCUUAUUCAUAGAAAAAAGAAAGGUGUUGUGAAAUCAUAGCGCUUAUGUUGUGUAAAGGAAUCCAUUAUGUUGUCGUGCUGUUUUAAGCUGGACUUCAUUUUAAUGAGCAUGCGUGCGUAUGCAUAUAUACUGAAGUCCUCAAAUGUUUAAGUGUGUUUAUUCUAUGUCAAGACAUGAUCAGUACACAAUUGGAGGCACUGGUGACAAUAAUUAACCAUACAAAGGACUUAUAGUAGAAUAUUGUAUCACAUUCUUUCAGAACUGUAAACCUUUGUUUAACAAAAACAAAUCUUUCUCCAGUGUUCAGACCUAAUCAGCAGGGUUUCUAAGCUUUGCUCGUGGUUGCUAUUUUGAUUUUGGAUUAACAAGACGCCCAUGUCCGGGGGAAUUUCACCAAAUUGCUCAAUUGACUGCUGGAGACCUUCUUUGGAGCAGCAGCUUUCAAAGAACCAAAUUACCACCUUUCAUUAACUCCGGCCGUCAAUGCGUGUCAUCGAUGUCUUGUCAAGAUAGAUGUUUAUGAAUAGAUUUCUAUACAGAGAAUUUUUAAAAACAUAUUGAUAUUUCUUUUGUGUGAUUUUUUUUUUUUUGCAAUUUAAAAUGAGAGAUUGCUCUCUGAGUACUUACCGACAAAGCCUUUAUCCACUGAUGGAAAUCGAUGCCCAUCAACUAUGUUCAAAUGAAAGAAGGGCGCUGUGGCUCAAGUAGCCUGUAUUUUCUGCUAAUGUGUGUUCAGCGUAUAACUUACAAUUAGACGCUACAGCAUGUUUACGAAAAACGCAAUGCUGUUUAUAAUUACAUGCCAAAGAGUCUCGCUGUCAUCUGUCGCUGUUGUGCUGUAGCUUGUGACGGUUUAAUGCUUUUCUUCUGGACACUUAACUUUUCUGUUAUUGUGGUCGACUGAAAUCAGACUUUGAGGGAAUGUAUUUUGUGAAACACUCAAAAAGACUUGAACAUAACGGCUGUUUAGGCACAGACGCGUAUAAUUUAUUUUCAAGCUGCUCUUGAUCUCCUUACUUGUUCUGUACUCACAGGUAAAAUAUGAUGCUGUCACCUGUCCCAGCAGUGCUCUUCAUAUAUUUUUAUUGUAUGUGCAACAGGAGACCAGCCACAAUCACAGACUGUCUAAAUGGAAUGCAUUGAAGAUGAAAAGCUACUUAACAGUACAAUGGAUUUAUUCCUUUUUAUUUUAUUUUAUUUUUACUUCUUUAAUGCCAACAGUGGACCAAAGAAUAUGGAGGGCCCCAUCGGCUGCAAUAAUGUUCUGUAACAUUAACAAAUAUUUGUACAUGUGGAUGGUUGUGUGUCUCCGGCAUUUUUUUUUUAAUGGAAAAAUGUUGGAGAAGUUUGUAUUGUCUGUCUGUGAAUGUCUGUGUGUGUCUUAAUGUGCAUAUAAUAUCAUUUUAUAUUUAUAACUGUUUUUUGUUUGUUAUUUUGUUAUUGUUUUUUUACAAUGUGAAUGUCUGGGAUGUUUGUGAAUUUUUUUUAAGAGAUCAAAUUGUUUUGUUUUCCUGCUUUAAAUCACCAAAGAAAUAAAAUAAAUAUAUGGAUAUUAUAUACUAAUAACAUUUAAUU